GGGAGCACAAGCCACCCUGGUCGCCCUCUAGUCCUCUUCCGCUGACUCAACUGCUCUGGCAUCUCUGUGGCUGUAAGUGUUAAUUUGGGGGCAUCUGGGCCCUGAGCUUAUUGGGUGCCACGAGAGAAACAUGAGAGUCCAGAGCUCCCUCCUCCUGGUAGUCCUCUUGGCUUUGGAGACUCAGUGGCAUGUUGCCUGGUGUAAAAAGAAGGGAGACAAAUUGGGGGGCUGCCCACCAGACGACGGGCCCUGCGGUCAGGCGACUCCUGAUCAGUGUGUGAAUGACAGACAGUGUCCCUCUUCUUGGAAGUGCUGUCCCCGAGCCUGCUUCCUCCAGUGUACCCCGAGAGUCUUUGUAAAGCCGGGCAAAUGCCCCGUGGAUCGUCUUCGCUGCCUCAGUCCCACAAAGCACAUGUGUAACAAAGACUCGGACUGCUCCGGCAAGAAGCGGUGCUGUGUCAGCGCCUGUGGCCGGGACUGCCGGGACCCCAGCAAAGGCUAAUUCUGGCUUAGGAUCUAUGGCUCUGCACCCCAGGUGUGGUUCCCACCAGGAAGAGAUCAUGAUGUGGGGGCCAGGGAUCCUGCGACCCUGACCAUCUCUCCAGAGUCAGUUGUAACCUUCCGACAAACACUGUCCUGUCGUCAGCUCCCUUACAACUCAUGCCCCCUGCGUUCUCCUCUGAGUGACAGAGUCCACACCAGACAUCAAAGGCAUAGCUCAUCAUGCAGCACCAGCACCCCAUACCACUGUCAUGCUGGGCUUCCCACUCUACCUCAGAACCACUUUUAUAUCUCUCUGUACAUUGUUUCCUGCCAAGUCAGGCAGCCCCUCCUCUCCAAAGCCCUGAGCCCACCUUCAGACAAUCCUCCCCACAAAAUGUGUGCCCAGCAAGAAUUUUCCAAACAUCACUCCAUCCACACAUGUGUUUCAGUCCCCAUCAUCCCUGCAGAGCCACCCUGUAAUGUGUAUUAAGUUAUGUGAAGUACCUCUGUACAUCUACUUACUUAAUGUCUUCAUUUAAAUGGCUCACUUUUGGAUGUUAACAAUUCAUUUCCAAGGAAUGGUAUCGGGAGAGGGGAGGGCAGAGGGGGUUUGGUGUCACUGGGGUAAAUAAGAUCUGCAAGACCUAUGGCGAGAGGCAGCAUGGAACUUCGAAGCCAAGUGUAAUGAAAACAGUAAUUCCAUCGAGUUCAUUCGUACUCCAUUUAAAUAAUACCAUUAAACUCUAGCUAGAUACGGCCACCCAC